GUCACAGCGCAAUUCUCAAGAUCUGAUCGAACCUCACCCGUCGGGAUUGGUUCACCGUGGGGAGACAUCAUACUCCAUGAAAAAUUGAAGAGUUUGGUUGCAGGGCAGUUUGACUGGUUUUACCGGUAGGCCAUCUAAUCAAAAACUUCUACAUUGGGAUGAGCGCUACAGAUUUUUGACUCCAACGAUGUUCCGCCGGCCGUCAACUGGGUAGGGCGGUCCAAAAAAGUGCACUUAAUAUUCCCCUUCAAGAAUUAUGCAAGCAGAGGAUGUUAUAAAAGCAGGCUCAUUCGAUGACACUGGACCUUUAACUCCAACAGUAGACUCGGACUCACUACUGCGCGAUUGCAAACAUGCAACUCUACCGUAACACGCAACGUUACCAGCGUCCUGUGAAGCAAAGCAAAAUUGCAUCGCAGAGGCAGUAUCGAGUCAAAGAGGGGGACGGGUUCCAGGAACUCCGAGACGUCAUUCACUCUGUGUCGGGGGAGACUCCCCAGACCAGGCGCGAAACUUUGAAAGCAGGUAUACUGGUUUCGAAAUGUGUCUUGCCUUGCGUGCUCAUCCCCUGCACAGCUGCAGAACUGCUGAAGCAGUUCUUUGGAGAAAACGGUUCAAUUUCCAGGCAUGAGCCACCCUUAGAAAGCUCGUCAGAAUCUCCCUAUGAAGCUGAACAAGGGCCUCACACAUCUUAUGAACGUCUUCUGGUCCCUGAUGGCGAGACCUGCACGAACACUAUUGCACCGUGGACAGAAAACGUUAGCCCAACGUCAGAGAGAUCUGCGACGAGCACGAUGCUGGAAUAUUACAGUGGCUAUCCUCAAGAAGAGGCACAAUGUAUGGUCGGUUGUGGGGGCGAUUGGAAUUUGGUUCAACCAACCCCUUCGCAAUUCUCGUUUUCCACGCAGUGGAAUGAUCUGUCGUUCGUUCACAUGAACAUUGAUCAAGUCCCAUUCUACGUAGAAGGGGUGGAAUUAAAUUAAACUGUACCUCGGGAUUCAAGGAAUUCUUGAUUAUUUACCUGUAGCAAUAUUUGAUUGUCUUGCGUACCUUGUAGCUUCCGGUGUACUAUUUCCCGUAUUUAUCGGAUCUAUGCCUUCGGUGAAAUAUGACUACCGAGAGGGUGUUGAGAAAAAUAAGACCGUUUGACAUCCUGAGUACGACUGGAGUAAUGAUUGUACUCCUGG